GCUUCACCAUCCGCACGCUUCGCUGGCCGUCUCGUCCGUCGCCCGUCCCCGGGACCCCGCACCAUGGCGCGCUCGGAGGAAGUGCACCGCCUCACCGAAAAUGUCUACAAGACGAUCAUGGAGCAGUUCAAUCCCAGCCUCCGGAACUUCAUCUCCAUGGGGAAGAAUUACGAGAAGGCGCUGGCAGGCGUCACCUUCGCCGCCAAGGGCUACUUCGACGCCUUGGUCAAGAUGGGGGAGCUGGCCAGCGAGAGCCAGGGCUCGAAGGAACUCGGAGACGUCCUCUUCCAAAUGGCCGAAGUCCACCGGCAGAUCCAGAACCAGCUGGAAGACAUGCUCAAGUCCUUUCACAAUGAGCUCCUGACCCAGCUGGAGCAGAAAGUGGAAUUGGACGCCCGCUACCUCAGCGCGGCGCUCAAGAAGUACCAGACGGAGCAGAGGAACAAAGCGGAGGUGCUGGACAAGUGCCAGAUGGAGCUGAAGAAACUCCGCAAAAAGAGCCAGGGGAGCAAGAACCCCCAGAAGUACUCGGACAAGGAGCUCCAGUACAUCGACACGAUCAGCAAUAAGCAGGGCGAGCUGGAGAGCUUCGUGUCGGACGGCUACAAGACGGCCCUCACGGAGGAGCGGCGGAGAUUCUGCUUCCUGGUGGAGAAACAGUGCGCCGUGGCCAAGAACUCCGUCUCCUACCAUGGCAAGGGGAAGGACCUGCUGACCCAGAAGCUGCCCCUGUGGCAGCAGGCCUGCGCGGAGCCCAACAAGAUCCCCGACCGGGCCGGCCAGCUGAUGCAGCAGCUGGCGGCCGCCAGCAGCAACGGGGCCAUCCUGCCCGGCUCCCUGUCCGCCUCCAAGUCCAACCUGCUCAUCUCGGACCCCAUCCCCGGGGCCAAGCCGCUGCCAGUGCCCCCCGAGCUGGCCCCCUUCGUCGGCCGCAUGUCCGCCCAGGAGCACCCGCCCGCCAUGAACGGCACGGCCGGCCCCGACGCCACCGACUACAACCACUGGUCCGACCGCCAGCCCGCCCAGCCCAAGUCGCUGUCCCCGCCCCAGACGCAGGGCAAGCUGAGCGACUCCUACUCCAACACCCUGCCCGUCCGCAAGAGCGUCACCCCCAAAAACAGCUACGCCGCCACUGAGAACAAGACCCUGCCGCGGUCCAGCUCUAUGGCCGCCGGCCUGGAGCGCAACGGGCGGACGCGGGUGCAGGCCAUCUUCUCUCACGCCGCGGGGGACAACGGCACCCUGCUCAGCUUCAAGGAGGGCGACCUCAUCACCCUGCUGGUGCCCGAGGCCCGCGACGGCUGGCACUACGGCGAGAGCGAGAAGACCAAGAUGAGAGGCUGGUUUCCCUUCUCCUACACGCGAGUCCUGGACAGCGACGUCAGCGACAGGCUACACAUGAGCCUGCAGCAGGGGAAGAGCAGCAGCACGGGGAACCUGCUGGACAAGGAGGAGGCGGCCCUCCCGCCCCCGGACUAUGGCGCUUCCUCCCGGCCCUUCCCCUCCCAGCCCGCCAGCGCCUUCAAGCAGAGACCGUACAGCGUGGCCGGGCCCGGCUUCUCCCAGGGCCUGGAUGACUAUGGGUCGCGGUCCGUAAGCAGCGGCACCCUGGUGUCCACGGUGUGAAGACCCCAGAGCCACCCUCCGCCGCCUCUCCGAGGACCUCUCCGCCGCUCCUCUCUCCCCCUCGGCUUCUCUGGCCGCCUCCGACCGCGGGCCUCCUCUUCUUCCUCCUCCUCCUCUUCCUCCUCCUCCUCCUCCUCCUCCUCUCUUCCUCCUGACGGCUCCGCCCGGGCCCGGGAGCCCUGCGACGGGCUCCUCCUCUCGGACUGUCGGCGCGGGGGAUUUUCGGGGCCUCCGGGUGGGCCCCCGCCGCGCCGCCUCUUCUCCCCCGACCCGUGGGCCCGUCUUCUGCCCGGGUGACUCCGGGGUCCGUCGUUGCCUCCCCCAGCCCCCGCACGGGCCGCGCGUGGAGUUGGAAGAGAAAGGAACUUUCUGGACCGGCCCCCUCACCCCAAUUCGGGGGAGCCCCCCGCGCCCCGUCCCCGCGUGCCGCCCACCCUCCUCCCCCCCGACCCCGAGCCGCCGUGGACGGACCGUUACCAUCUGAGAGGGCGGGCUUGGCGGCCGGUGGGUCCGCGGGGACGUCUAGCUGGGCGUAUCGGCAGCGGGGGAAGGGAUUUCUCGCCGCCGCCGUUUUCUAAUGUACAUAGGCCGUAUGACCACCCCCUCACGCGCCCGCACGAGCCCCCGCACGCAGGCUGUACAUAAACACACCGUUUUGUAGCAGGGUAUCUGUUUUACCUCACUUGAGCACGCCCCCGGGGGGCUGGGGGGGACGCCCUCGUGGGACGGACGAGAGUCCACCCUUAAGGCCUUGAUUUCCCCCCCCCAACCCAACCCACCACCCUGCCUUUUUAAACCGGCCCCGCAGGUAAGUAAGUAGCCGUCGCCUCAACCAGGCUGCCCGUGAGAGGAAGGGACGCGGCGGGGCCUGAGUCGGGCGAGGCUGAACGCCCGCCCUUUCCCCGCCGACGGGUGGUGGACUAUUUACUAAACGUCGCGCGCCUCUGGCCGGGGGGGUCUCCAUCACUUUAGAAACAGCCCCAGUGGAACUGGACGGCCCGUGCUGCUUCCGUCCACUGCGUUCGGGGAAGAGACCCUCCUCCCCCCGCCCCGGGCUGCUUUUCGUCCCCUCCGUGUGAUUUCAGAAACCUUCCUCCCUCCUGACCCUGGCGUGGCCGGAAAUCUAGAGACCGAGAGUGGGGGGGGGGAAAGAAAAGCGCUUUCCUCAUUUUCUGUCGAAGCCGGGAUGGUGGUCUCGACCCCAUAUGUACACAAACACCCCCCCUCCCCACCCCCCGCGCCCCCCUUGCAGAGCGUUGGAAAGCUUAGAAACUGUCUUUGGUUUUUUUCUUUCGAAUUUUUUCUUUCUCCUUUGGUGAGCAGAAGAAAAGUGUGCCCUUGUACUGGAGUUAAUUGUUUGAAUAAAAGUUUUAUUUAUUGCAUUGA